AUGAACGAAGGGCGUGUGAGUGGUGUGCUAACCACAAGGUCAAAUGCAAAGUCCCAGGAGGGCUUUCGCAAAGAUCGCAAAUCCUCAUAUGAACCUUUGUCAGCUUCGGAUCCAGACGUGUUGAAACGCGUGGUAACUCUGGAGGAGAACAUUGAACAGCUCAGGAAAGAGAACACAGAGAUAUCGGAGAGGUUAUUGCAGGUGGAAAUGAAAGUAUUUGUCAACAUAAAUUAA